CAUCAGGCUGAUAUAUUAGGACAUAUAUCUUAUCAGAUAAGGAUAUCACCACACAAAUAUUAUCCUACGUUGCACAACUGAGCUAUGAUUAUGUCUCCAGGCAAUGAUGGUGUAAAGAGGACACAUAACAGAAUCAAUAUUAACACAGCUGUUAUAUACUAGGGUUCACUGCCAUUAAUGUUGUUGCAUGUACAUGAUGUGUUUGUGUGAUGCAUACUAUAUCUUGUGUUUACAUGUACCUACAGGUGGGCAGAUUAUAAAAAGAAGAUAAAGUUUGAUGAACAGUCACUAUGGAUGGCCUCUUGGAGGAGCGGUUCCGUUGUAUUGACACUGAAAUAUCAAAUCAAAACCGGUACUUGCAACAGCAGUUUGAAAAGCAGAAACGACAAAAUGAUGACAUUCGACAGGUAGUGUCUCAGAUUGAGAAAAGCCUGGGCACACCAGCCACGGAAGACUUAAUCAAGCUUACUGCUGAGGCAACAGAUGGAACUGAUCGAGACAAACGAACGGUUGACGAAUCAGUCUGCCUUGAAUCUGCCGACAAACAGAAUCCUCUUACCGACGCAGGUGAAACACACAAGAAUACAGAAUUCAAAAUGAAGACGUUAAGCUAUUCUAAACACCAAGAGACAAGUUGGAUCACUUCCCCGGAGUCCCCUAUAUCAACUGCAUCAGAGGGCAAGGCACAGUUGGGCAUGCAUGAAAGAGAUGUCACCUCCAGUCAGAGUUAUGGUAAAAAGGACUCAAAACCCAUGCUAACCACUAUGGGAACAAAGCCGGCGCAUAUUGAAAACAAAGAAUCGGAAGUAUUCGGGGAAAAGGAGCCAGUGGUAGGGCACGAGUCUGAAACUGUUCAUAACAGAAAAGGACAUAGUAAUGAACAGAUCAAAAACAUCCCCAAUGAACAAAUAACUGCCACCAUACAGGGUUCAUUACCCAAAGCUAGGGAAGUUUCAUCUAGAAAAGAGGAGCUGAAAAGCAGCGCCACAAACAUUUGGGGAGUAAAGAAAAACAAACCUGACAGGUGGAAUAGUGUUGAUCCCACUACACACUCUAACAAUACAUUCACUAAUAGUAUGGAACAAUUUGGAGCAGUCUCCCAAUUCGAGGACUAUGGGACUGACUACAUAGAAACAUGUACAUCACCAUCGUGUACCAAAAUCUCCGACCUGUCUUCUGUGACUGUAUUUUCCAACAAUGAUGACCAAUCUGACUAUGACGUGGAUAUGUAUCUAUCAUAUCCAAGUGGCAUGGGGAAUGCGCGGCUUGAAUACACCUACUUGGUUAACCAGUUGUUAUGCUCUCACAACUGUCACGUGCUGAACGUACGAGAAACACGUUAUACACUGACUAGUCCCAAUGGACUGCAGAAGAAAUGGUCAAGGAUAGAUAAGUACCGACCUGGCCAGAAACCUCCUGACUUUAUGAAAGAUUUACCUUUUGCACUCGUACCAUUAACCCGGCCAAUGAGCGUAGGCGCGAAGCAACUCCCUACUCGGAGCCCACACGAACUGAAAGAACUUGUACAAAGAUCAAAAGUUGUGGUAUCUAAAGACGAUUCCAUUGGUUCCCCCGAGGGGCAUCUGAUGCACACUUUGUAUCAAAUGAAGGAGAUCGUCGGUGAGGAUGCAGAUCUGUGGAAGCCUGUUGAAGAGGCUCUCAAGAAAGAAGUGACACCAGUCGCAAGAUGUGAUAUCGGUGUUGAUACAAUUUUGUGUCUCGACAACUCUGGUACAAUGCCAAGACAGGCUUACAUUCAGAUGAAGAAAUUGGCAAUUGACUUUAUCAAUGGUAUCGAAGAUGUUGCAGAAAUGCAUGAUCUUGAAGAAAAUAUAGGAGUGGUCACUCUUGGUUCCAGGGCAACUGUGCUUCAUCAUUUAUCCAAUGAUUAUGGAAGUCUGAGGGAAAUCCUCGAUCAACUAGAAUGCGGGGGUGUUCCAACUGACCACUGUAUUCAACUCCAAGGACUGUUGGUGUGUCUUGCAGCCAUGACAAAAGGUGGAGUUUGUAACUUUGGUGGGAGGACAACUGUGCCCCCUCGACUUAUCCUCAUAACAGACGGACUGACAAUUGGGAAAGUGGAUCAAGUGGACAAAAGUCAUAAGGUGGAACUAUUUUAUACUGCUCUGGACCACAUGGGAGCUGCGUUUGUAAGGAACAAUGUAGUGGGCCCAAUUCAGGUUGUUCCUUACGGAGAAGCAAAACAGGCCUUCAUAGGUAGGCUUUUGAAAAGGUGCCAUGGGAACCUGACUAGCAUAACAGAGGCUUGCAAACAACACUGGCUUCAGAAACGCAGCACUCAGAUCCUUGAUUUUAUGAUUAAAGGAAAGGAUGGAAAGGAAGCUGAGAUGCUAGAUGUAGAUACAGUUGUUGCAGCCGUUUGUUCUGGAUACAGUCACCAAGAACGCAAACAGAUUUCCAAAAUUGUCAGAGACAGGCUGAAUGAGGUGGAUAGAUGGUUAGGACUUACAGACGAGUUUGACAACGUCUCUAUCAAGGCAGGCCUUCCUGAUCUUGGAACAAGGGUGGUUCGUGGACCUGACUGGCGAUGGGGCGACCAGGACGAUGGGGGCGCAGGGACUGUUAUCAAUCAUGGAGAAGACGGAGAGUCUCUGUGGUUGUCUUGGGACAACGGCUUCACGAACGUGUACAGAUACGGUGUCAGCGGCAACUAUGAUGCUCUCAUCGUAGAUGACCAACCUCGCAUGGUAAAUCAGGAGGGCGCCAUAGACAUCGGGAUGCAGGUGGAACGAGGACCAAACUGGCCAGAUACUUCAGGACAAAAUGACAGCCUUGGAUUGUAUGGAACAGUCAUACGUAAAAGGAAUGGUAGAGUCCUGGUUAUAUGGAACAAUUCUACAAUUCGAGUACACAGCUUUGGUGAAGGUGGGAAAUAUGAAGUAGCCACCCGUGAUCCCCUUAAAUGUAUUCGGGAGCAUAUGCCACGUGUGGACACUGACAAGGACCAUUGGCAAGUAGGAGCAGAGGAAUCAGCUAGCAAACACCCCAAAGAUGAACCAGCUGCAGACGAAGUGGGUGAUUCCAGCGUGUGGCAAUGGCUUGGCAAAGACAACCAAUGGCGUUCAUAUUCAGAGUCGAACAACAAGAAAUUAAGAGCAUCUUACAAGAAAAGACCUGGUGGGUCAUGUCUCAUACAAAGAGAUGGAACGAGUUUCAGGGUUAUAUUUAAGUCAUUUGUUGAAAAAUCAAUUGAAGAUGGCUCAACUACGGAUGUGAGAAAACUUGAUGUUGAAGUUUCUCAGAUGUCAGAACGAGUGCUGUGAUGGACUUGCGACAGUCAAUUGACGACAAUCUUAUAUUCACUUCAUUAAGAAGGACAUGUUCAUGCCCUCCAACAGAGACCCACCCAACACCACCUACUUUCUACCCGUCUGCUGUAACGGGAUGCUUCCACGGAGAUUGUUGCUGGUGUAUUGUGCUGACGGCCAUGACCUUCGAUUGUACCAACACGGUGACUCACUCGCGCACGAUAAGCGUUGUGCACAUUUAUAGAUAUUGUCUUCAUACGACGCAGUGGAAAUCCCCAUCCAGAAAUAGCCCAACUGGGUUUUGCCAGAAAUCCAUUCCUCGAGAACUCUAUUCAAGCUGAACAAUACCAGAUGACUGUAAUAACCUUUCACACUGAACGCAUGUCGGAAAUAACUAAACCAUGUUUGUGCGGACGUGGCAAUCACGUCAAUCUAGCUUUAUACAAAUACCUGAAAAUAUUUAUAUGUUUGACGUUUUACAUCUUCAAGAGCUUCAAGAGAGACAGUUUAUUUCAACAAGCACGGCUUGAGACUGCUUGAGAAAAUAAGUAAGA